CAGCCCCACCACCAUCACCAUCCCACCACCACCAUCACCACCACCCCACCCCACCUCGCCAUCACCUCCAGCCACCAUGUCCUCGACCGGUCUCCCCCCCGACUGGAUCGUUAAGCACAGCAAGUCCAAGAACGCGCCGUACUACUUCCACUUGCCCACGGGGAUGUCGCAAUGGUCAGCGCCCGACGGCACCAACGAAGACCUGCUAGCCGCGCACGUCGCCACGCUGACGCAGACGCAGAAGGUGCGCGCCGCGCAUCUCCUCGUCAAGCACCGCGACUCGCGCCGUGCGAGCAGCUGGAGGACCCCCGAGAUCACGCGGUCCCACGAGGAGGCCAUUGAGAUCAUCAAGGGCUAUGAGAGCAAGAUAAGGAAUGGCGAGGCCUCGCUCGCGAAGCUGGCUGAAACCGAGAGCGACUGCUCCAGUGCCAGGAAGGGCGGUGAUCUCGGGUUCUUUGGGAGAGGUGAAAUGCAGAAGGAGUUUGAGGAUGUGGCUUUCUCACUCAAGCCCGGCGAGAUGUCGGGUCCCGUGGAUACUGGGAGCGGCGUGCAUCUGAUUGAAAGGUUGGAGUAAAUAUAACAAAUACGUCGUAUGCAUGCACUAGGUAUCUAGGCACGGCGUGGAAGUGGUUCAGAUUGACUCUGAUAGAAUAGAACUAUUAUAUGACACGAUCCACAUUGGCACGAGGGGGGCUAUCGGGAAGCUGCAGAGAGUGACAGC